AUGAUAUCUCUGUGGAAUGAUUUAGAGACUAAUAACUAUUACUUAAUCAAUAAUGAAACUGGAGAUAAAUAAAAGGUUUAUAAAACUGCAGAUUAUAUCAAAGAAUUUGAUGCAUCCCUAACUGGGUCAGUUGGUUAUAAGGAUAGAAUUAAACUAGCUAAAAAACCAAGUUAUAUGCCUUUAAAAGCUAAAUCUCUUUAAAAAAAUUUUGUUUCAUAUACACCAUCAAUUAAUAAAUUAGUUUGGUAUUCACAACUACCUAGACCUACAAAAUUACCUAAUUUAGAAUAUUUUAAAACUGAAAAGAAAUAAAAAUAAAUUCAUAAAACAUAAGAAUAGAAAUCCUUAUUACAAUCUUAAAGCUAUUAAACUUUACCAAAUAUUCAACAAUCUACAGUUGCAUCCUAAUAUUAAAGUUUAUUAGAUCCUUAAUAAGCAAGAUCAAUAUCAACUAUUUAACAUUAUGAUCUUAAUGAUUAAGAUCACUUUAAAGAAAUGAGUCAAUUAUUUGAAUCACAAUCCUAUGAUUAUAAAAGCUUUAAUCUUCCUCCUAAAAUGAAUUUAAAUUGCAGAUCAAUAAAAGACUUUGAAUAAUCUUUAAAAGAAGAAAGAUAAUAAUUAGAAAUGUUCAAAGUAAAUUAUUACUCAUUAUAUUAAGUUACCUGAAUAAAAGCCACAAUUAGUGAAUACUAAAGGUAGAUUUCCAGGACAAUUAAAAACAGCCAAAGAUUUCAUGCCUGAAGAUAAAACUGUUGCAAAAUUAUGUUAGACCAAAUAAUAAUAUUUUUAGUGUAUCCUGAUCUUUUUAAGGAGAAAAUUAUAGAUUAAAAGUAAGAAGAAUUAAGAAGAAAAAUUAAUAAAUUAAAAGAAUAAGAAAUGCUCCAAAGAAAUCUCAAAAAUAAAGCAUGA